AUGACAUCAUGGCAACACCCCAAGCAGUAUGCCUUGGGCAUACAUGAUGUCAUAGAGGACCAGCCAAUCAGAAUCCUCCCCAGCCUGUGGUCCUCUGGUGGGUGGCGGUGGUUGGGAGUGAAGGCAGAGUUUGAAGCAGGAGUUUCCAGGGUACCCACAGUCCUGGACCUGGGAACCUCCCCACAGUGGGAGUGCAGCAUAGCUCCUGUAGUUCCACCCCCUGGAGUCCCUCCCUCCCACAUCUCCUCAGAUAUCCUGUCACCUGAGCCUGCAGUUAUCUGCUUCAGUAAGAUCUGUUGUGACAGGUGUGAGGUGAUAGCCUUUGUGAUGUUGCUUGUCAUUUCCAUGCUGGACAUCAGCAGCAGCCCCAGCACCUCCUGGUUGGCAGGGUUUAAACAUAAGUACAUACAGUACAUCUUCCAUUUUUUUUUAUCAUCCUAGAAGUUCUGUUUGUCUCUUGAUAGUAACUGCAUCUUCUAUACUGCUGCUUCUUCUACUGUGACCCAGAGAUAUCUACUGCAUGUCAGUAAAUAUGGCUCACUUUCUUCCAUAAGCUCUAUCAACAGGGGACUCCUCAUUCUGACAUUACCCAGGGAUGUUUUCUUUAUAGGAGUCAUGCUGUUGUCAAGUGAAUACAUGGCGAUUCUCUUGCCCAUUCAUCAGAGGCAGUACCAGCAUCUUCACAGUACCAGCCCCUCCUCAAGAGUCUCCACAGAGAGAAGAGCCACCCAGACUGUCCUGUUGGUGAGUUUCUCUGUGGUCAUAUACUGGGUGGACGUCAUCAUCUCAUUCUCUUCAUGUUUGUUACGGGGAUAUUAUCCAGUCAUCCUGGAUUUUGACAAGAUUGUGUCCAAUGUGUAUGCCACUGUCAAUGCAUUGGUGGUAAUUUGUCCUGGUAAAAAUAAAAAUGUGCUUCAAAAGUGUGGAAAAAUUUCAACCAAUGUAUAA